AUGGCUGUGCGCGCGCAGUUUGAGAACUCCAACGAGGUCGGUGUCUUUGCGCGCCUGACGAACUCGUACGCGAUUGUUGCCAUCGGGGCGUCGGAGAAUUUCUACAGUGUCUUCGAGGCGGAACUGCAGGAUGUCAUUCCCAUUUGCCAUGCGACGAUUGCCGGGACUAGAAUUGUGGGACGGUUAACGGCAGGAAACCGGAAAGGCCUUCUCGUCCCCACGACGACGACAGACCAGGAACUGCAGCAUCUACGAAAUACCCUUCCGGACGCGGUGAAGAUCCAGCGUAUCGAGGAACGGCUGUCCGCACUGGGGAAUGUGAUUUGCUGUAACGAUCAUGUUGCUCUUGUGCAUCCUGAUCUAGAGCGGGAAACGGAGGAAAUUAUUGCCGAUGUUCUCGGCGUGGAGGUCUUCCGACAAACCAUUGCAGACAACGUCCUGACAGGCUCGUACAUGGCUCUCUCGAACCAAGGCGGGAUCGUGCAUCCCAAGACGUCGAUCCGCGACCAGGACGAGCUCUCCUCGCUGCUGCAGGUGCCUCUUGUCGCGGGGAGUGUCAAUCGCGGCAGUCCCGUCGUCGGCGCGGGAAUGGUCGUCAACGACUGGUUGGCUGUGACGGGGCUGGACACCACGGCCACCGAGUUGAGUGUUGUCGAGAGUGUAUUCAGACUGGGUGAGAUGCGGCCUAGAGGCCUCGGCGAGGGUGUUAACAAGGAGAGUAUCGUCGAGAGUUUCUACUAG